GGCGAAAUGGUUUGUGUCUCCAAUGGCAAUCAGCUGUUUUUAUAAACAAAAGUUGUGUUUCUGUUUGCACGUGCAUUUUCCCUCAUUUUCCCAAUGAAAAGCCGCGAAAUUCUGACCCUUCAGUUGGGAAAUUAUGCCAAUUACGUGGGCACGCAUUUUUGGAACAUUCAGGAGGCUGGAUUCCAGUAUGAACCGGGAUCUGGAAUUCCGGAGAUUAAUCAUGAUGUGCUGUUCCGGGAAGGGCAGAAUCAUCGUGGAGAUGUCACAUACACGCCUAGGAUGCUUUGUGUAGAUCUCAAAGGUGCUCUGGUGCAUUUAUCAGAAGAUGGAGAUCUCUAUGGUGAUGAGUCACGGAAGAAGAUUCUUUCUGGUGGAUCUGACGCUCUGAAUCCUCAGAUUCCAUGGGAUUCCCAGAGUAUAGAAGUUGUCCGAGAGGAAGCGGCGGAGAAACCAACAUUCCAGAAGGAUUUGGACACAACUGGCCAGGCCAAUGUUCAGGGAGAUUAUGAGUUCAGGAAUACAGUGAAAUCUUGGACAGAUUUCAUGUACACCCGUUACCAUCCGCGAAGUGUAAAUGUCAUCAGGGAAUAUAGCCACUCUGAUGAGGAAAACUCCUUUGAUACGUUCACAAAUGGCCGGGAAUUGUGGAAAUCCGGGAGUUUUGGUGAAGAUUUCGGGGACAAGAUCCGCCAGUACAUUGAGGAAUGUGACAAUUGUCAGGGAUUCCAGGUCCUCUUUGACUGCACUGAUGGCUUUUCCGGUCUCACUGCCCAGUGUUUUGAUGAUCUCAACGAUGAGUACGGGAAAUGUAUCCUGGCCUAUCCAUUAAUUCCUCCUCAAGUGAGGAACUUCAAGAAUGCAGAUUCCGCUGUGACUUCCCAAAUCCGUGUGGUCAAUCUCUCCCUGAGUUUUGCGUCCCUCAUCGAAAGUUCCUCGCUGUUUGUUCCUGUCUCAACAAUGGCUCAAGGCUGGAGGAAUGUGUCUGGAAGCAGGCAGUUUCCCAACGUUUCUUACGAUCCGGAGAACUUCUACCAAACAUCUGCGAUUCUGGCCACUUUCUUGGACACUUUGACACUGAAAUAUCGCGCCAAGGACAUCCUGCAGCCGAUGGUUUUAUCCGAAUUCUGUGCUGAUCUCAAUGCCUACGGAUUGAAGAUGUGUUCAGGAAAUUUAGGCUUACCAUUUGACAUGCCGCUGCUUGAGAGUGUGUCUGAUGGCUUGGACCAGUAUCGUCCAAGUUCCAUUUUCACCCAUUUGACGCCCAAUAGUGAAGUUUCUCGUGGACUGACGAUGCAGACUGUCAUCCGUGGCAUUCACAGAUCACAGAUUUAUUCGAAAGAUUCACGAGAAGAUCCACAAUCUCUCGAAUCAUCAAUCUUUCCCUAUGGAGCUGCCAACUUCAAGUUGCAACAGCAUUUGGGGUCAUUUGGAUGUGCAAAUGCUGUUCCUGUGAUGACUCUGCAGUCUCCAAUGCCCGUGAAAGUGCCUUAUCCUGGAGAAAUCUUUGCAAAGACUCUCAAUGCAACUGGACAUGUGACGGGGUAUUUGAGGGAGGAGGGAACGAGGAUGAUCUCAAUUCCUGUACUGGCUUCAGUGUCAUCCACAAAGCAUCUCAUGGGAACCAUUGAGAGUCUCCAUGUGGAAGCGGAAAAGGUCAAAUUGGGCAAAAUGUGUCGCUUCAAGGAAACUGGCCUGGAAUCUGAUGAAUAUUCUGAAGUUUUGAACAAAUUGUUAGACUUUAGAGAUCUCUAUGAUGAUCGUGUAAAUCUCUAAAAGAUUCAUUAAAAAACAUUAAUAAAUGGUCUGCGAAAUAAA